GAUUGGCUUUUUGUUAUGACAACUUCCGCCCCACUUGUAAACUGCAGCUCUGAUUAGUUGAAACUUCUGACGUACGUAGGGUCCACGCCUUCUCUCCGGCAGAGGACAGAUUAAACAUGGCGGCGUCCGUGAGGUGCUUUCUCCGCUCAGGAAAGAAUGCCGUGUCGGCUCUGAGCCGGCGGGGAUUUCACAAGAGUUCUCCGGCCGCUGUGCAGAUGAUGGUCCGUGAUGCCCUGAACCAGGCGAUGGACGAGGAGCUGGAGAGGGAUGAGCGGGUGUUCCUGUUGGGUGAGGAGGUGGCCCAGUACGACGGAGCCUACAAGGUGAGCAGGGGUCUGUGGAAGAAGUAUGGAGACAAACGCAUCAUCGACACUCCGAUCACAGAGAUGGGCUUUGCCGGCAUCGCAGUGGGAGCCGCCAUGGCUGGCCUGAGACCCAUCUGUGAGUUCAUGACCUUUAACUUCUCCAUGCAAGCCAUUGACCAGAUCAUCAACUCCGCAGCAAAGACCUACUACAUGUCAGCUGGUUUUCAGUCGGUGCCCAUCGUCUUCAGGGGACCCAACGGAGCAUCCGCAGGAGUUGCCGCACAGCACUCGCAGUGCUUCGCUGCAUGGUACGCUCACUGUCCAGGCCUGAAGGUUGUGAGUCCCUGGAGCGCAGAAGAUGCCAAAGGUCUCCUGAAAUCAGCCAUCAGAGACGACAACCCUGUGGUGUUCCUGGAGAACGAGCUGAUGUACGGCGUUCCCUUCGAGAUGUCCGAGGAAUCACAGUCCAAAGACUUCACCAUUCCCAUCGGCAAGGCUAAGGUGGAGAGACAAGGGACUCACGUCUCUUUGGUCAGUCACUCUCGGUACGUCAGUCACUGCCUGGAUGCGGCCGUGGUCCUCGCCAAGGAGGGAAUCGAGUGCGAGGUAAUCAACCUGCGCACCAUCCGUCCUUUGGAUGUGGAGUGUAUUGAGACCAGCGUGAUGAAGACCAACCACCUGGUGACAGUGGAGGGCGGCUGGCCUCAGUUUGGGGUCGGAGCGGAGAUCUGCGCCAGGAUCAUGGAAGGUCCUGCCUUCAACUACCUGGAUGCUCCGGCCACCAGGGUGACGGGUGUCGACAUCCCCAUGCCGUAUGCCAAAAUCCUGGAGGACAACAGCCUGCCCCAGAUCAAAGACAUCAUAUUCUCUGUUAAAAAGACCCUCAAUGUCUGAAACACACACACACAGGGCAAACCCCCCUGAAUCCUUCUUUGUCUUGUUCACACAGACGGU